UCGACUGUCUGUCGCUGUUCCGAAAAUCCUGAAACAGAGAAAGGCAGACAGAGAGGCGAAACCUGGAAUGGCGUCUCAUUGUCAUCUUCCUCUGCUCGCCUCCUCUUGAUGAGCUGUUGCUCUGCUCUGUUUCUUUGCUGUUGCAAAGACAUAUUAGUGUCUCCCCUUCUUCAGGCUUCGACCUUCGAUAUCACAAUGUCUUCUGAAUUCUUCACUCCUGGGACGGAGGCAGAGCUCCAGUUUAACUUCGACGACCCUUUCUUCCCCUUCGGCGGCUCGACCUCCACCAUCGAUGAGCUUCUCCGAGCAAUCACACCGGACGGCGACAACCAUGAAGCCAAUAGUUUCGAAUCGCAGCUCGAUAGCCGCGGCCUCGACCUUUGCCAAGCGAACCAAUCGCAGCCCCUUCUGGCGAAUGCAGCAAGCUUUUCGCUGCCGUCGGAGGGGUCCCUGCAGAGUUUAGCUGGCGGUGGGUUCGAUCAGUGUCUUCCUCACAGUUACAGCGGGGAGAGCCUGCCGGACAGGUACUUCCUGCAGAGGAGCCGCAGCAGCGGAUGCUUCGGGGAGACACCGAGGCCUGCGUCGGUGCAGAGCGGUCCCUUCAAUGGCUUCCCGAACUCCCCCGACUUCCAGAGACAGGGAACGGGCUGCUCCUCCCCGGAGAGCUUAAGCUCCCUGCUCGGCGGGUCCAUGAGGCGGGUCUGCAGCACCGGCGAUCUGCAGAGCCCUGAGGCCAUGGAGGAAGCGAGCUUCAAGGUGAGCCGUUACAGCGCAGAAGAGAGGAAGGAGAGGAUACUCAAGUACAGAGCAAAGCGCAGCCAGAGGAACUUCAACAAGACGAUUAAGUAUGCAUGCCGGAAGACUCUGGCGGACAACAGGCCACGCAUUCGGGGCAGGUUCGCCCGCAACGACGAGACCGGCGACCCUCCCAACAAGGCUGCCUCCACCACGACCACGACCACGGACGACGACGACGACGACUUCUUCUGGAAUGGUUUGCACGAAGAGGACUACAAAGCGGCAUGCGGAGGAGGACCAUCCAUGACCAAUUACGGUCAAGCUCAGUUUCAAUUCUAUGGCUAUUAACCGACUCGAGGAAGCUUUUGUGGGUCGGCCCAGUGAAUGGCAUCUAUUGAAUUUAUAAAACUGUGGACUCUAAUAGAUGCCAUUCACUGUGUGUUUAUGCCCGGUCGAGUCGCGAGACGUUAUUACCUUUGGCAAAUAAGAGGGCUCGGACGUUUCGUUAGGAUAAGUUGGUAGAGUAGGACUCAUAGGAAUCGGUAGUGGUCGGUCAGAUUGCUUCGGCAUUUCGAAUCUUCGAGGACGAAUAGCUUCCCGUGCUCUUCUUAUUUCUAUUUUCUUCAAGCAUGUAAGGAACUUGAAAGUGCAUUUGUACAUAGAUCACUCAAUGGUGUAACGAUUAGAAAUAAUAAUUUAUAUUUCAAAUCUUUGA